CCCCGAAUAGCCAUUUAUUGCCUUUAUAUUUUAGUUUAUUACUACUACCACCGGGCUCUGCCUCAUAUUAAUCUCAUUUCAACAGCAGCGACAAGUCAUAUCGAAUCUCAGUCCACGAACCGCACCUACCAGGGUUUGUCUGUACAGAUAUGUGGGGAAUUGUGUCACGAACUGCUGUUAAUAGAGGCUUUUCUGUUUCGAAGAGUCAGUUUCGAUGUCUGGUUCAGGGGGCCAGGAAUUUCUCGUCUAAAGAGAUGACUGUACGUGAUGCUCUGAAUUCUGCACUUGAUGAGGAAAUGUCUGCCGACCCUAAAGUCUUUAUAAUGGGGGAAGAGGUUGGUGAAUAUCAAGGUGCAUACAAGAUUACCAAAGGGCUUCUAGACAAAUACGGCCCUGAAAGGGUUAUUGACACUCCUAUCACUGAGGCUGGCUUUACUGGAAUUGCAGUUGGUGCUGCUUACCAUAGUUUGAAGCCCGUCGUAGAAUUCAUGACGUUUAAUUUUUCAAUGCAGGCAAUUGACCACAUCAUAAAUUCAGCUGCCAAAUCAAACUACAUGUCUGCUGGUCAAAUUUCGGUACCUAUUGUUUUCAGAGGACCAAAUGGUGCUGCAGCAGGAGUUGGGGCCCAACAUUCUCAGUGCUAUGCAGCUUGGUUUGGUGCAUGUCCAGGGUUGAAGGUGCUUGCACCGUACUCUUCAGAAGAUGCUCGAGGCUUGUUGAAAGCUGCUAUAAGGGACCCAGACCCUGUUGUUUUCCUAGAGAAUGAGUUGCUAUAUGGCGAGUCAUUUCCUGUUUCUGCGGAAGCUCUUGAUUCUAGUUUCUGUCUUCCAAUAGGGAAAGCCAAGAUAGAGCGUGAAGGAAAGGACGUCACAAUUGUUACUUUCUCAAAAAUGGUUGGGUUUGCUCUUAAGGCUGCCGAGAUUCUCGAAAAAGAGGGAAUCAGUGCCGAGAUUAUAAAUUUGCGGUCCAUCCGCCCCCUUGAUAGAGCGACAAUCAAUAGUUCUGUCAGGAAAACCAACAGACUGGUAACUGUUGAAGAAGGAUUUCCGCAGCACGGUGUUGGCGCUGAGAUCUGCGCAUCAGUGGUAGAAGAAAGCUUCGAGUAUUUGGAUGCACCUGUUGAGAGGAUUGCAGGCGCUGAUGUCUGCAUGCCAUAUGCUGCAAAUCUGGAGAGGUUGGCUGUCCCACAGAUUGAGGAUAUAGUACGUGCAGCAAAGAGGAUAUGCUUCAGAUCAACCUCAAUGGCUGCAACUGGCUAGAAUGAUCGGAAAGCUGAGGAAUUGCAAUUUUUUUAAUACUAUAAACUUGUGAAUCCAAUGGUAUCAUCUUUUUGGCUUUUAAUUUUGUAAUCGUUCCCUGCAUAUACACGGAUGGCCCUACAAGACAUCUGGAUUAUCCAUGAAUUUUUACAGAUGAGCCGUGAAAUAAAAAGGUUUCAGAAAGUCUUUUUGGUAUGAAACACUAGAUUUUUAAGCGUUUUUCAGAAGAUUAAUGGAUGUGGCUAAAUGCUUUCAGUUUGUACUGUUUCUAUCA